AAAUUAAUAGUGAAAAAGAUCCUGAAUUAGAUAUUAUUAAUAUGAAGAAAUCUGAAUCAAGAGCUAUUAAUACAAAGGAAUCUGCAUUAGGAGCUAUUAACACGAAGAAACCUGAAUUAGGAGCUAUUAAUACAAAAAACAUUUUAAAAAACAAAGAUGUAAUUUAG